UAUGCGGUUGAGGUCUGUCCCGGUCUUUCUUUGCUGCAAAAUGUGAUCUAUAUAUAUAAAACUACAUUACACUAAGCUAAAGGUUUACUUGUUUAGUGGUAAUACAUUUUUUCCCCAUUAGAUAAAAGGUGGAGCAGAGGGGGGGCUCACAUCUCAGGGGGGCCCUCAUGUCUCUGUUACCUUCUGGCUCCCCCUUUAGUGAGGCUGUAAUAGCUCGACCUGCCGGAGUCUCUGCUUCACUCUCUUAUGACUGUAUACUGUAAUCAGUCUGUAUUAACAGAACUAACUGCCUAUGAGUUUCUUUGUUGAGCUCAACAGCUGCCCAUCCUGGAGGUCUGGUGCUGUUGCUUCAUCUGCCUUGAUCAGGUGCCCACUGCUUGCCGGCCCUCUGGACUCUCAUGGAGCUUCCUGCUGAGCAGCGUUGUACAACCCCCACCUGCAUGAACUGACCCUCCUGAUGAUGCUGCUGCAUCUUUUGUGUAUUUCGUGGUCCUACAUUAGCCUCAUAGACUGCCGUUUCAACUGAGACGGUCUCUUGUGGCUACAUCAUGGAGGAUCGGUCAGAAUCUUCAUCCUUUACAUCUCCACCUGAAGUUUUCUCUCAUCGCUUCACCAUUACGGCUCAGAAUGCUGGGAUUGUGACCGUGCCCCAGGUGACUGGCUGCCGCAUUGGAGGUUCUCUAAACAUCAAUGUUGUGCACUCAGCAGCAAAUGGUAAACAAACUCAACAGGCAUCAGCAAAAGCCUCUAAUAGUGCAUGCAGCAUUUCAGAGAGGGUCACAGAAGCACUGAAAUCUAAUUUGAAAAGGAAAUUUGAGACGAUCUUUGAGGGAAUUGCUAAGAGGGGAAACCCUACUUUAUUAAAUAAGAUCUACACAGAGCUCUACAUCACGGAGGGAGAGAGAGAAGGACUGAAUAAGGAGCAUGAGGUUUGGCAGAUUGACACAGUGUUCAGGAAACCUGAACAGGACGUGCCAAUCAGCUGCAAUGACAUCUUCAAACCCCUAGAGCAAACAGAAGAGGAGAAGGCUAAAGGCAUCACACCUGCACAGCCCAGAGUUGUGCUGACUAAAGGAAUUGCUGGCAUUGGAAAAACGGUCUCUGUGCAGAAGUUCGUUCUUGACUGGGCUGAAGGAAAAGCCAAUCAGGACAUUGAUCUUCUGUUGGUGCUGCCUUUCCGUGAGUUGAACUCAAUCAAAGAUGAGAAACAGAGUCUCCACGAACUUCUGCUUGACUUUCACUCCGAAUUUAAAGAAUUGGAGAAUACCAAAUAUUAUGACGAAUGUAAAAUUCUGUUCGUCUUUGAUGGUCUAGAUGAAAGUCAGCUUCCUCUGGAUUUUGGGUGGAAAAGAGUUUCUAAUGUUUCCAAAGCAGCAUCGUUGGAUGAGCUGAUGACUAACCUCAUUGAUGGAAAUCUGCUUCCCUCUGCUUUGGUGUGGAUAACUUCUCGGCCGGCUGCGAUAGACAAGAUUUCUCCAGAUCUGAUCCAUCGUAUGACAGAAAUACGAGGAUUCACAGACUUGCAGAAGGAGGAGUAUUUCAGGAAGAGGAUCAGCGACCAGAGUGUAGCCAAUAGAAUCAUUUCACAUGUGAUGGACUCAGGGACCCUUGAGAUCAUGUGCCAUAUACCGGUCUUCUGCUGGAUCACAGCUACAGUCCUGGAACCAAUGCUGAAAGGAGGCCAUGAAAAAAUCCCAUCAUCUCUUACUGAGCUGUACACCCGAUUCUUGCUCAUCCAAACAAGUGAAAAAAAGAAGAAAUAUCUUGGGAUAAGAGAAAGUGAUCCUCGGAAGAUUUCCAAUGAAGAUGUGCAGCUUGUUCUUAAACUCGGAAAACUGGCCUUCGACAAUCUGCAGAAGAGCAACAUCGUGUUUUCAGAAGAUGAUUUGAAACAGUACGACAUUGAUGUCACCGAGGCCUCACUGAGGUCAGGGUUGUUCACGGAGAUCGUCAAGGAGGAGGAUCCAAUGUUUCCGGUGAAGAAGUACAGCUUUGUGCACUUGAGCUUUCAAGAGUAUCUUGCAGCUUUCUUUGUUGUCCACACAUACGCUGACAGAGGAGUGAACGCAAUGCAGUCCAACGAAGAGAAACGUGCCACAAUUUUCUAUGAUGAUGACUACUAUGAUGACAAUACCUUUUACCAAGAUUUUGGUGAAAGUGAUGGUUUUGGCCAUCCACAGAAGGCUCCUCAGCAAAAAGUGACUUUGUAUGACUUGCAUAAAUGUGCCAUUGACAAAGCUUUGAAGAGUAAGAGUGGGCAUUUAGAUCUUUUCCUUCGCUUCCUCCUUGGCCUCUUGCUGGAAUCUAGCCAGAAGCUGCUCAACUCAUUUUCAGUGUGUUUAGAAAGUGGGCAGAACAUUCAUGAGACCAUCCAGUACCUCAAGAGCAAGCUCAGAGAAGAAGAUGACAGAAAGACUCCCUCCUCAGAACGAUGCAUUAACCUCCUUCACUGUCUUCUGGAGCUCAAUGAUCACUCAAUGGCAGAGGAGAUACAAAGGUUCUUGAACUCAGGCACACAAGCUGAGCAGAAACUGACAGCUGGACAGUGCUCUGCCCUCGCCUACAUCAUUCUGAUUUCAGGGGAGGUCCUGGAAGAGCUCGACCUGAAGAAAUACAACACAUCUGAAGAGGGUCGUAGAAGAUUGAUCCCAGCUUUGAGGAACUGCAGAAAGGCAGUAAUGGCUGGCUGCAGAUUAACAGGGAGGUGUUGUGAGACUGUGGCUUCCACUCUUCAGAAUCCCAACGCACACUUGAGAGAGCUGGACCUCAGCCAGAAUAAUUUGGGCGACAGAGAUCUCGCAUCACUCUAUGCUGGACUGAAUAGUCCACAUUGCACACUGGAAAGUCUGGACCUCAGUCACAUCAACCUGAUGGGAAGAGGAGCAGAUCUUUUGAGAGCUGUUUUGUUGGGGCCUCAUGUUCAACCACACACACUCAAGGUUUCUGCGUGCAGUCUUAAGGAUGACUGUGCUGAAAUUUUGCGUUCAGCCUUCUGGUCAUCAGAGUGUCGACUGAGAGAGCUGGAUAUUGGCUACAAUAAGCUGACCACUGAUGGAGUGAAACUUGUCCUUCAGGGUCUCCUGAGCCCCAACUGUGUUAUUCAGAUAUUAAGACUUUCAGCUGUGAGAUUUACUGCAAAUUGCUCCACUGAUUUGGCCUCAGUUCUCAGACACUCAUUCUUGAGAGAGCUGAUUCUGGACCAGAGUGACAUUGGAGAUGAGGGAGCAAAACGUCUGUGCAGUGGACUGUUGAGUCCACACUGUCAACUACAGAUUCUGGGGCUGAGAGACUGUAAACUCUCAAAGAAAACAUGCUUUUAUCUGACUGUGGCAUUAAGCACUUACUCUGUGUUGAGAGAGCUGAACCUUGGAGACAAUGAUCUGCAAGAUCCAGGAGUUAAACUUCUCUCUACUGGACUGAAAAAUCCAAACUGUAUCCUCCAGAACCUGGGAUUAUCGGGUUGCAUGAUCACAAAGGUAGGCUGUUCUUCUCUGGCUUCUGCCCUGAAAUCGAACCCAUCCCACCUGAGAUGGCUGGAUCUGAGCUACAAUCACCCAGGAAAGUCUGGAGAGAAGCUGCUGUCUGCUAGACUGAAGGAUCCAUGUGGCAAACUGAAUAUGUUAAGAUUGGACCACGGGGAUCGCUCACGGAUAACAGCUGGUCAUUGGAAAUACUACCAAGAGCUCCACAUGGGCUACACACAGAGUGAUCUCACAUGUUCUCCAGAAGGGAAAGGGGUCAUUAGACUUCCAGUGUUUUCAGAGUUUCUUUGCUAUGACAGUGACGAUGAGGAGAAAAAGGAGCCAGAAAAAUGGGCAACUGUGCAGUCUAGAGAACAGCUAACAGGGGGUCGAUUUUACUGGGAACUGGAGUGGACAGGCAUGGUCAGCGUGGGAGUAAGCGACAAGGUAUUUUUGGGUAAACGUUUGAAACUAGUCGUUCACCAGUUUGAGUUUCAGUACCCAUAUUAUGCCAUGCACAAUGCCGAGGACUACUCCACAUCUGUUCAUGAGGUCACCAUGAACACGCCCAUUACUCAGAGGAUUGGACUACUUUUGGACUGGUCAGCAGGAACUCUGUCCUUCUACAGCAUCUCAUCUGAGGGUGAAAGUCAUCUGUAUACGUUUCACACCAAGUUCACUAAGCCCAUGUAUGCUACAUUUGAGCUCACUCUCCCAGACGGAGCACAUGGAAUACCAUCUGUUGCCAUUGCCACACAAUCACCUGAUUCUGUUCGCCAUGUAAAAGCUCAGCUGUUUGAACAAUUCUUGAACUUUAUGACCCACUAUCAUGGACUGAGUGGUGGACUGGGCUUAUUAUGGACAGCUCAUUUUUGCGAUAGUGUGUAAGCCAAGACUAGCCUAAAUGAACUCGAAUCAGGAAUUUGACACUGCUGGGAUAUUGGACACCAUGUUAGGGGUUGCAAAUGCUAGCCGACAAAUGUGUGUUGGCGGCUGUUGAUUAGUGAAGGACAGUGUUUGAUGGGGGUGUAAUAAUACACUCACCCCAGAAUUUAAUGUGUCAGUACUGGGUACACAGAAUUUGAAUGAGAAAGAAUGAUGACUGUGUCCAUGUUGGUCUACACCUCACUAAUGAACGUGUUUGUGUGGAUCAUUGAUUAGAGCUGGGUGUGUGCAAACUUUGGGGCUCAAACAGUGCAGCUUCAUCUAGUGCAGUAGUAUUAUUUAUUUCAUUUUUUUUUUUUUUUUCAGUCCUUGUUUUCAAUUUUCCAAAAUAAAUAAAAACAGACAAGUAAAUAAGGUCUUAAAUCAAAUUAAUAGGAAAGGAAAACAAAAUAAAUAUGUAUUUGACAGAAACUGUGUAGGCCAGGGUUCGGCAACAUGCAGCUGUGUUUUCUGCCUUAUUGCUCCACAGCAGAAUUAGGUUUUUAGGUAAAACGAUGCCCCCUUGUGGUGAAACCAUACAAAGACAAACCAAAAACAGAAGCGAAAACAAGACAUGCCAAACAUUUUAUCUACAGUAAAGUUUAUACUUCAGUUCUGUAUUUAUUCCACACAUUCUUAUUGUUUUGUGAUAGCUAGUCCACAUGUUUACCCCUUUGACACUUUUUUAUAUUUGUCCUUAGACAUGCUUCUUUUUUACCUACCUGUUCCCCUGAACUCAUACCGGGUCUCUCUAAUUUCAGACUUCUUCUGAAUACAGUUAGGAAGUCAGUUGUUUUUUGCUUUAUACAUUAUCUGUGCAGUAUUAAAGGAAAUUAGAUUAGGAAAUUGUAGGUAACACAAGGUAUGUUGGGAGUUUAUAGUGAAUAUUAUUGGUUUGUUCACAUAAUGACUCUGUUGGCCUACUUUGACGUGUGUGUGUGUGUGUGUGUGUGUGUGUGUGUGUGUGUGUGUAUAUGUAUAUAUGUGUGUAUAUACAUACAUUUAUUUACAGAUGAUAUACGGACCAGAUAAAGAGAGCCUGUUAAGCCUUUACAGCAUAAACUCUGUUUCUGUGUCACUUA